GAGGAAAAUCCGCUAAUUUGUGCUAUAUUUAGGUCGAGUGGAUUUGGCGUCCAAAGAACGGGAAAGAGAGGAAAGGAUACGACGAAUCAAGGAGCAACAGGAGGAGGACAGAAAGAAAAAGUUAGAAGAAUUGAAGCUCCAUGCGAUAAAUGCGCAAAAGUUUCGUGAACAGCAAGAGGCCGAGAGAAGACGACAUAUCGAAGAUUUAAGAUCCAGGGAUUUCGAUCGUCGGCAGCAGGUUGAAGAAAGGCGUAAAGAGUUAGAGAGAACAGAACUAGAGAGAAGAGAAGCAAUUCUUGCAAAAAAUAAGGAGCGCGAGGAACGAUUAAAUCAACAGAGAAGAAAUUCACGCGGAAAUAUGGAAUUUGCAUUUGGGAGCUCUGCGCCACGAAUGACAGAUCAAAGAGACUCCUCACACUGGGGCUCAAGAAGUAUAUUCGAGCGAAGAUCUGUUGAACGUGAUGUGGAUUUAAAAAACAAAAGAACAGCAUCAGCCCAGGCUCUUGACAGAAACAACGAAGACUCAAAGUGGAUUCGCAAUUCUCGAGCUGCUCGUAUUGGCGAGCCAUUAAUCAAGCCAAGAUCUAAAUCUAAAUCGCAACCGGUGUCUCCAAGUCGUGAAUCGCUUCCUCCUUGGAAUUGGGUCGUGCGCGACAUUGACAUUGGAGACACAAAGUCUGAUUGUGGCGGGAUCCGAUUAUAUAACAAAUCCACGGAAGAUUUAAGAUUUUGGCCGCCAUCUUUCCGAGCAGCCAUUCCUAGAACACGGUCCAGACAUGACUGCAGUUUCGAACGGGGAACUUCAUUUAUCCGGGGGGAUGAGACUGGAAACAGCUUCACUGCUGCACAGAUGGGUGCGCAUAGGCGUAGAACUGAUCUGAUACCUACCAUCUUGAUGGGGCGGGACAGGGGAUCCACGCCCAGUACUCCAGGUAGAGCGGUCAGUAUGUCCCGUAUUGACCAGCUGGCUAUACCCCGCUCCCAGCUUGGUAAGGGCAUGUCUAAGAGUGUGAACAGUAAGAGCAUGUCCCACCUGGCCCUGAAGAAGACAAGUGGCCAGGCUGCUAACAGGACUACAGGACAUCAGAGGGCAGCUACAGCAGCCCAGCCAGCUAGAAAACCAGGCCUAUCCCGUGAGAACAGCACUGCCUCCCGGCCCUCCAGUGCUAUGUCAGGCGGAGGGCGGGGUCAGGUUCGCCUUCGCUCCGCCCCCACACGUCGUCCUCGUCCCUUGAGCAUAGCAACUACAGGAAUGACGUCCUCUACCAACGGGAUGACGACCUCUAUGUUUGAGGACAGACAGCGACCUCAGCUGCGGAAUAAAGCCUCUGCUACUCCCAAGAUGGACAGGAUGAAGAGAGCUAAAAGUGUGACCAGCGAGCAUGGAAUUGAGGAUGAUCAGAGGAGUAACAGUAGUAGUACAGCUAGCGGGCCGAUCAACUCAGCCAGUACUCCGGUCAGGCCGAGUAGUGCGCGUAAAACUCCGGCGCAGGUCAAAGCAGAAGCAGCCGCGAGACGAUCAAAGGUCAUUGGACGAGCAGGCCCUCCAAAGACAGGGAAAGGAUCCAACUCUGUUAGUCCCGCUCUCUCCUCGGACCAGCUUCAUGGAGGAGGUGGGGAGGGACUGGAGGAGGGAAAGAGACAAAUUACCCCAGAUAUUAUUAAGGAUAACGGGAAAAAGAACAGUUAUGGUUCUAUCUCUAUGGAAGGAGGCGAGGAGAAGCAUGAUAAGGAAGGGAAGGAAGAGGCUGAGAAUGAGAAGGAUGAGGAUGAGAAGGAGAAAGAAGAUAAACCAGAGAAAAAGAUUAUUUCCAGUGAAGAAGAGGCAAAAGCUAAAUUGGCUGAAAAGAGAAGGGAAAUGAAGGAGAAGAAGGAACGAGAGGCCGAGGUUGAGAGACUGAGGUUAGAAGAAGAGGAGAGGAUAGAGCAGGAGAGGUUGAGGAUAGAGGAGGAAGAGGAGAGGAGGAUGGUUGAGGAAACAGAGAGGAUUGCAAGUGAAGCAAGGAGGGCGGAAGAAGAGAGAAUACAGAGAGCCAUAGAGGAGACGGAAGCAGAGGAGAAGAGAGUGAAGGAGGAGGCAGAGAGGUCCCGGAAGGAGAAGGAGGAGAGUGAGAAGAGGAAGAAGGAGGAAGAGGAGAAGAGGGAAGCAGAUCUCCAGGAGAAACUUAAAAAGGAGGAGGAGGAGAGGCAGGCCAGGAAGAAGAGGAUUGAGGAGAUAAUGGCGCGGACUCGAGCUGCCAAAGAGACGCCGACCUCGACUCCGAAGAAGGAGGAGGUUGAGUCUGAUAAACCUGCAGAUAUUCCUAGUCAACCAUCACAACCACAGAGUUUGGAUACAAACGUGGAUCCUACUACUCCAGAUAUUCUGGGAGACCUCUCCAGUUCUGUGCAGACAGAAAAUGAGCGAAAUCUAAUACAAAAUGGCGAUGAGCAUAAAGACGACCAUUCCAGCCAAAAUGGCGACCACAGCAGCCAAAAUGGCGGUGAUUCAGCCAGCAAUGGUGAUUUGAUUAAAUGUGACUCUAAUGGUGAGCUAGAAAAGGGAGCAUUAGACUCUCUUAGUAACAAAAGUGAAGAUUCUCAAGCUUCAAAUAAACAGUCUUCAUUGCAAAGUUCGCUUAUUGAGUUAGAAAACGGUAGCUCUAAAAUGUCAGCUCUAGAAAUUGAGUUUGAUGAAAUCUUAGAUCUUGGGUCAGAGGAUAAUAAAACCUCUUCCCAGCAGCCUCCACAACCUCCGAUACUUGCAUUCGAGCCCAGCUCUCAAUCCACAGAUUUGAUGUCUUGAUCAGCUGCAGAAAACCAGGGUGUGCUUCAUUCUUUAUAAACAAGAUGGCCGUCACUAAUAAGAUGGCGGUCACCAAGAUGGCCGUCACUAACGUUACUAACGUUGGGAAGGAUGUUUCCCUCCCAACGUUAGCAUGCCCGGACGCAGCUCCCGGAUUCGAUAAUAUUUCAAAUUUUACAUUUCAGUUUUAAAAACUGCUGUUAUUACUCCCCUGCUCUAAAUCACCCCGGAGUUAGAUUGCUUCAGUCCUUGUUUCUUCCGGUUUGACCGGAUUCCGCUCCAAACUGGUUUUCGAAUGCACAACUUCCUAACCGUGCAAUCCGCGAAAACUGAGUUUCCAUAUCUACGAGUGCUGCAUUCAGAAUCUACCAAAAAAAAGGACGCUCAAUGAUUUUUCUGGCAGAUUUUCUCUCCGCGUUUUAUCUUUGUGACGUUUAAUGUUUGAGCUCUAUGACAUAUUUCUGUAAACUCAGAAUUCCUUAGAAUAUAUAAAUAUAAUAUAUAUA